UUACACUUCGAUCUGACAAAUCCCCGCUUCCCACGUCUCAUCGGGCAAUAGUUCUUGUCUUUGAUUGGCUUCGGUUAUUGGUGUCACAGCGAGGGAGAACACGGAUGUUCUGUUGCAAGGAGCACAAGGAAUACCGUGAGUGACACACAGACACACGGCUAGCCGAGGCUGUGGGUGUAAGGUUGAAAUACACGUCUCCUAACUGCCAGUAUUCUGUAAAACCUUGGAUAGAUUUCCGGAACUUUACCCCUCCCAGUGAAGGGGCUGUGAAGUAUAUGGAGCCCCUGUGUUGAAAGUUGUCAACUUUGUGUGGCAGCUGAUGCCGAUUGUGGGAGAGUUGUGUUGGAGCCGGAGCCAAGUCUCAGGGUACCAUCCUGCAGCCCGGGGGAGCCGCGAUACGUGACCCAGCUUCAUCUUCAUCUGCACGUGCUGCCGAGGACGGGACAUUGUCGAGAUGAGUGGACAGAACACCAGCUACUCCGUCUUCCUGCAAACAACGGAACUCUUGACCAACGCUUCCGGUGCCCCUCUCGCAGACUCUGGCGUCAGCCUCACCGUCACAAUCAUCCUCGUCCUCAUGUACACCCUCAUCAUUCUCGUCGCCGUCAGCGGGAACGUCGCCGUCUGCUACAUCAUCCUCUCCGACCACCGGAUGAGAACAGUCACCAACCUGUUCCUCCUCACUCUGGCUCUCAGUGACAUCAUCAAGGCAGUGAUCUGCAACCCGUUCUCUGUGUUCGCUAACCUCAUGCUGUACUGGCCAUUCGGGAGUGUCAUGUGCCCCGUGUGGCAGUAUCUUCAGGUGGUCGCCGUUUACGUCAGUUCUCUCACCCUUGUGGCCAUGAGCCUUGACAGGUUCGUCGCCAUUUUAUUCCCUCUAAAGCCCCGGAUGUCAAAAAGUCGUCUGCUGGUGAUAAUCGUGUCAAUACUCUUCCUGUCCUGCGCACUGCCUUUACCAACAGCUGUCAAGUCGAAGGUGACGUACCCCAAACCCCAGUACCCAAAUGACCCGUCGUCGAAUGGGCUCUGUCUGGAGAAAUGGGACAAUGACUUCCAUAAGUAUGUGUACAGUAUGGGUAUCAUGGUGACACAAUACUUUCUACCCCUGUCAGUUCUCGCAUUUACAAAUGGGUGUAUCGGCUAUGUCGUGUGGCUUAAAAAGCCCCCAGGAGAAGCGGAUUCUGGACGAGACAACAGAUUGGCUGCAUCGAAGAGACGGAUGGUGAAGAUGAUCAUCGUCGUGGUGCUGAUCUACGCUGUGUGUUGGCUGCCGCUGCACGUCCUCACACUGGUGGGCGACCGCGACCAGAGCAUCUACAACGACAGCUACAUGAACAUCGUCUUUCUCGCCAUCCAGUGGCUGGCAACCAGUCACUCCUGCUACAAUCCCUUCGUCUACUUCUGGAUGAACCCAAAGUUUAGGAAUGGUUUCAAGAGAAUGUUGCGCUUCAUUCAACUGCGGAAAAUGAAGGAGAAAGACGCCAAUGUCCCCUUCCAUGCCGACCACCUGGACAGGGAGGCGUCCAGUCACUUUGACUCAGGGGGAUCCAGGUACUACCACAGCACACGGGCCAGUAACCACGUACAGAGUGUGGACUGUAUGUAGGUGAUACACAAUGCCUGGUACAGAGUGUGGAAUGUAUGUAAGUGAUACACAGUGGCUGGUACAGAGUGUGGACUGUAUGUAGGUGAUACACAAUGCCUGGUACAGAGUGUGGAAUGUAUGUAAGUGAUACACAGUGGCUGGUACAGAGUGUGGACUGUAUGUAGGUGAUACACAAUGCCUGGUACAGAGUGUGGAAUGUAUGUAAGUGAUACACAGUGGCUGGUACAGAGUGUGGACUGUACGUAGGUGAUACACAGUGGAGGAUACAGAGAGUGGAAUGUAUGUAAGUGAUACACAGUGGCUGGUACAGAGUGUGGACUGUAUGUAGGUGAUACACAGUAGAGGAUACAGAGAGUGGACUGUAUGUAGGUGAUACACAAUGCCUGGUACAGAGUGUGGACUGUAUGUAGGUGAUACACAGUGGAGGAUACAGAGUGUGGAAUGUAUGUAGGUGAUACACAGUCGAUGGUAUAGAGUGUGGACUGUAUGUAGGUGAUACACAGUGGAUGGUACAGAGAGUGGGCUAUAUGAAGGUGAUACACAGUCGAUGGUACAGAGUGUGGACUGUAUGUAGGUGAUACACAGUGGAGGAUACAGAGAGUGGGCUGUAUGAAGGUGAUACACAGUCGAUGGUAUGGAGUGUGGACUGUAUGUAGGUGAUACACAGUGGAGGAUACAGAGAGUGGGCUGUAUGAAGGUGAUACACAGUCGAUGGUACAGAGUGUGGACUGUAUGUAGGUGAUACACUGUGGAGGAUACAGAGAGUGGACUGAAUGUAGGUGAUACACAGUGGCUGGUGCAGAGUGUGGCAUGUAUGUAGGUGAUACACAGUGGAGGAUACAGAGAGUGGGCUGUGUGUAGGUGAUACACAGUGGAUGGUACAGAAUGUGGACUGUAUGUAGGUGAUACGCAGUGGAUGGUACAGAGAGUGGGCUCUAUGUAGGUGAUACACAGUCGAUGGUAUAGAGUGUGGACUGUAUGUAGGUGAUACACAGUGGACGAUACAGAGAGUGGACUGAAUGUAGGUGAUACACAAUGGCUGGUACAGAGUGUGGACUGUAUGUAUGUGAUACACAGUGGAGGAUACAGAGAGUGGACUGAAUGUAGGUAAUACACAAUGGCUGGUACAGAGUGUGGACUUUAUGUAGGUGAUACACAGUGGAGGAUACAGAGAGUGGGCUGUAUGUAGGUGAUACACAGUCGAUGGUACAGAGUGUGGACAGUAUGUAGGUGAUACACAGUGGAGGAUACAGAGAGUGGAAUGUAUGUAGGUGAUACACAGUCGAUGGUAUAGAGUGUGGACUGUAUGUAGGUGAUACACAGUGGAGGAUACAGAGAGUGGACUGAAUGUAGGUGAUACACAAUGGCUGGUACAGAGUGUGGACUUUAUGUAGGUGAUACACAGUGGAGGAUACAGAGAGUGGGCUGUAUGUAGGUGAUACACAAUGCCUGGUACAGAGUGUGGAAUGUAUGUAAGUGAUACACAAUGGCUGGUACAGAGUGUGGACUGUAUGUAGGUAAUACACAGUGGAGGAUACAGAGUGUGGACUGUAUGUAGGUGAUAAACAGUGGCUGGUACAGAGUGUGGACUGUAUGUAGGUAAUACACAGUGGAGGAUACAGAGUGUGGACUGUAUGUUAGUGAUACACAGUGGCUGGUACAGAGUGUAGACUGUAUGUAGGUGAUACACAGUGGAGGAUACAGAGUGUGGACUGUAUGCAGGUGAUACACAGUCGAUGGUAUAGAGUGUGGACUGUAUGUAGGUUAUACAUAGUGGAGGAUACAGAGAGUGGAAUGUAUGAAGGUGAUACACAGUCGAUGGUACAGAGUGUGGACUGUAUGUAGGUGAUACACAGUUGAGGAUACAGAGAGUGGAAUGUAUGUAGGUGAUACACAGUCGAUGGUAUAGAGUGUGGACUGUAUGUAGGUGAUACACAGUUGAGGAUACAGAGAGUGGAAUGUAUGUAGGUGAUACACAGUCGAUGGUACAGAGUGUGGACUGUAUGUAGGUGAUACACAGUGGAUUUUACAGAGAGUGGAAUGUA